AUGUCAAAUAUUAAAUAUCCAGAGCUUCGAUUUCUUGAAGAUGAUCAAUGUAAAAAAGAGGAUAUUUCGUUUCUACAAGAGAUACAAAGAGAAUUACCAAAAUAUUUAAAUGAUAAAAACCCAAUAGCCAUUAUUUCUGUUGAUGAUAAGGGUGAAAUUUAUGUGGAAAAUUUGAACAGCUUCAUUUCAUCUAACGAAGAUAAUGCAUCUAUUUUGAUAGCCCCAGGUUAUGAAAAUAUCCCAGAACAUGUUUCAGAAAUGCCCAAUACUACAUUAGCAAGUUUACAAGGUCGAAAAAUUGUGAUUUUUUUAACCAUCGAAUUUCCAAGCCUUCUUACAAGAAACCUUAAUCUAUAUAAAAUGCCAUAUAUCGAACUAAAAACACCAAGGUACUCAAUUUUGUUUCAAAUUUUUAUUUCAGGGAAAAUGUCGUUAUUAUUGAAGCUUCAAAUAAUUUUAACCUCAAUGAAUUGUUACAGGAAUUACGUAAAAAUACACCUAAAGAAUUUAUAUCACCCGAAUCUUUUGUUAUCUCAUCUUUUAUCUAUUCGUUUCAAUAUUUUGAUCGUGUUUCUGAUACUAAACUACCACUCUAUGAUGAGGUAA